CCUACAUCCACCCUGGUUUCUGGGGCUUAGCGCAUGAACGCUCGCUUAGCGCAUCGGGAUGGUGGCGCAGAAACGGAGGUUCCUCCUCUUCGAAGUGCUGCCCAGCAGUGGCCGGGUCGAUGAUGGAGAGCUGCUUCGAGCCAUUCGAGAGGCCUUCGAGGCAGAUUGGGGUCAAGUGGCGGAAGCGCAGGCCAGUUUGCGUUUACUGUACUUCAGCCCCACUGUGCAUCUUGGCAUCCUCCGCAUUCACACGCGGCUGUCGGAUCAGCUUCGGAGCAGCUUGACGCUUCUGUCCAUCGUGGCUGGAGUCUCGGUCCAGCUGCAGGUCCAUUGCGUCAGCGGUUCCUUUUCGGCCCUGCAACGUGUUGGUGAUCGCUUGCUCCGGGAGUGGCAGCGCAGCGCGGAGCAGCGUACCAGCCGAGAGAAUGAGCGGGACGCGGUGAAGCAGGGCUUCCAAACCGAGUUGCGGCUGCUGGCAGAGGUGAGCCCGCAGCCUACGAGCUGGUGAGGUCCCAUGGUGUGUGUGGAAAAAAA